AUGGUGGCCUCUAUUUCGAAGUCGCGACCCCCGUCGUGUUCGAUUCCGUUGACCAAGGCCAUCACUGGGUAUAAUAUGGGUGCUGCUCAUAUCUUUAAUGUCGACACAGCCAUCAAAACUAUCCGAGAACACAAGCAAGGAAUUAUGGCUAAAAUCGCUAAACUGGUGCGCCGCAAGCAAAUUAGAGGUUUCAGCAGCGACCCCGACGUCCACCUCUUCAGUGACGAAGAGUAUGAUCUUGACGAAUUUUUCAUGGAAGAAGGCAUUACUGCUCGUUUCUCUGCAGCUCCUCCGGCGAAGCACGUGUCUUCAAAUCCCGCGCCACUGUGUUUGCGCUCCAAAGCGGAACCGCGACAACAAGGUCGCCCGUUCUCGCGUCUCAGUAGUCCAUGCAUAUCGCCAGCGGAGUCGUCGCGCUCGUCACCCUGGGCUAUCAGAAUAAGAGACACAGCUGCUGCCAGCCCAGCUCUUCAAGCUUCUGCUGAAACUACGUCGAGUCUAUUGCGUAAGAAAGCUCGCAACAUUGCUCCGGCUGCGAACAGAACCGCAGCACCUGCUUUCAAUCGGAUGGCUGCCACUUCCAGUCCGUCGAAGUCGAGACUGGAAGCAGGCUCAGUCCAAGCAAGUAAAAACCGUCAAACAAAGAAGACAUGGUCAGGGUCAAAGACGAUGCCAAAGAAGAGCAGUGCUUCUAGUGGGGCUGCUUCUCAAGUGCCGAACCUGGACGAUGUGCAAAGUGACCCCGGCAUUCAAUCGGACGGCGAGUGCUCGGACACACUGAGUGACGCUCGGGCUCAGGCAACAGUCAGAGCGAAGGAGAAGCAACAGCAGCAGUCGUCUCGAUCGCAGAACAAGCGUCCCGUUGAGCUCUAA